ACUCUCUUAACGUGAUAAUGUCAACUUACCACUGCGCUCAGCUGUUGUUGUUAUUGGGUUUGCUCUGCAUUUGUGCUGCGAGCUAUGUGCAGGCGCGGCCAGAUUUGGGUUUUUCCAGUUGCGCCAAGAAUGGACAAUAUUGUCAAAUGCAUAGGCAAUGUUGCUCUGGCAAGUGCAUGACAUAUACCUACAAGUGUGCGCCCAGGGUACCACAGACAUUGUACGACAACAAAGACAGUGGAGCGGAUCUUAGCUAUUUUCUUGACUUCUGGAACCCUGUAUAUAAUCCACAGAGACAAGAAAUUGAGAUUGUUACGCUGAAAAAUGUUGAUAAUGUCAUUGGAAACAGCAUCCAAUCAACAGAGAAAGCGGGCAAUGUACAUGAUUCAUCCAAUCCUCCAAUCAUUGGUCUUACUGCCAGCUGUUUACCUGUCGGCCAACCCUGCACAGAAAGCAGCCAAUGCUGCAGAAAACGCUGUCACACCUACCUCCAUCAGUGCGUUACAUAAGGGAGCGAUCCAAUACACCAAAUGAAUAUUUAUUGAC